GUAGGGCCAAUCAGCGGCGGCGUUGCUUUUGCUGCUCCACGUCGGCACCAGCUGCGGGGCAAGAUGGAGGCGCUGAUUUUGGAACCCUCCCUGUAUACUGUCAAAGCCAUCCUGAUUCUGGACAAUGAUGGAGAUCGACUUUUUGCCAAGUACUAUGACGACACCUAUCCCAGUGUCAAGGAGCAAAAGGCCUUUGAGAAGAACAUUUUCAACAAGACUCAUCGGACUGACAGUGAAAUUGCCCUCUUGGAAGGCCUGACCGUGGUAUACAAAAGCAGUAUCGAUCUCUAUUUCUAUGUGAUUGGCAGCUCCUAUGAAAAUGAGCUGAUGCUUAUGGCUGUUCUGAACUGCCUCUUCGACUCAUUGAGCCAGAUGCUGAGGAAAAAUGUAGAAAAGCGAGCUCUGCUGGAAAACAUGGAGGGGCUCUUCUUGGCUGUGGAUGAAAUCGUAGAUGGAGGAGUGAUCCUAGAGAGUGAUCCCCAGCAAGUGGUGCACCGAGUGGCAUUAAGGGGUGAAGAUGUCCCCCUUACAGAGCAGACCGUGUCUCAGGUGCUGCAGUCAGCCAAAGAACAGAUCAAGUGGUCACUCCUUCGGUGAAGACCUCACUGUUCCCGGCUCCUCACCCCCUCAAAAUCCACGUCUGCUGUGACUUCUCAUCCAGUCCCCAAACUCAUGCUCUCAGGGUCAUCUUGGGGAUCACAGUAGAUCCUUACAUCUUCAUCCUGUCUGUGCUUCCCCCCCUCAAACUCCUACACACUUCCCAUUCCUUCUCACUCUUUUUUUGCAGUUCUGGGAGUAAAGCUCCCAGCAGGUUUGGAUGCAGGGCAGGGCAGCCCCGUCUUCCUUUCUAGAAUGGACUAUACUCCCAUGCUUUCCAACCCCCCAUAUUUUCUCCUCAACUUCUGUGCCCUUUGCUGCAGCUACACUUCAGAUCAAAGCAGGAGAAAGAAUGUGCUGAGUGUUUUCCUCCCUUGCUUCUUUACCCGGCCUUCAUCCCCACAGCCCAUAUGUGCAGCAAGGGAGGAAGAGAGAGAAUUCUUUUCUGUAUGAGUGUGGAUGAGGAGAGGUAUGUCCAGUCUCAUCCGCAGCCCCACUUACUGGCCUCAGCAUUUCUCCCAUUCCUUCUUCCUGCCCUGUUCUCCAGUCCUGGAAAAAAGACUGGGAACGGCUCAUAGGCACGGGACAGAGUGGAAGAAGCAGUGAUUUAAAUUUUAUGGGCUAGAGCUUAUAAAAUUCUGUAUUUCAGUCACAGCUGCAUUCCUUACCCUGAUCCUGGCUUAUAGCUUCAAAACUGCUGUGGUCUGUGGAGUGUUCAUUGUGGGAGUGUCCAUCUCUUGGUCUGCUACCUUAACUCUCUACCUUCACUACCCGUGGGAUAUUUGCCUAGCUUGUCCUCUCUCUACCCUGGAGCAGAGCCAGUCCCUGAACUAAAACUCCAUUCUAGUCUCAGGAAGAAGAGUUUCUGCUCAGAACUGGGGAGGGGGUGGAAUUUAUGACUUGGGCCCCUUUGCUCCCUUACAUGCAUUUCACUCCUCUGCCUCGGGUCUGCAAUCUCUGCUACUUAACCCUGUUUUCUCUCUGCCUCAGCCUUACAUCCAGGCAGUAAGUAGGUCCGGGCUCUUCCCCUCCCUAGGGCGCUGAGAGAAGUGCCUUUCUUCAGAAAACCUUUGGGAUUGGGAUUUCCCCAGGCAGGAGGAGGAUGGAACACCCACUCUUGGAUCUAAUCUUUCCCUUUGACCCAAAACUUCCCACAAAAAUGUCUCAGAAAAUGUCCUGAGACUUAAGCAUUCUGCCCUACCCACUAACUGCCAAUUCUCCAGGACUGAAGUGGGGCGGAUAACAGGGCAUAUUUGAGGGGGCAUUUUUGUGUAAGAGAUGUAUGGAGUCAGGAGGUAGCCACCUUCAUAUACUGCUCUGUGCUAAGAGAAAUAAAACAGAUUUCUUUUUCCAAA